UUCACUCAUUUUGUGGCUAACCAUCGGAAUGGGAAACAUCGAGACUGUGGGCCCGAACGAGGCGUUGAUAGUGUCUGGCGGGUGGUGUGGAGCGACUGAACGCAAGUUUGUGAUCGGCGGUUGGGCGUGGACGUGGUGGAUGGUGACCGAUGUUCAACGCCUGUCCCUACAGAUCAUGACAUUGAAGCCAAGGUGCGAGAGCGUCGAGACGGCACAGGGAGUGCCCCUCAGUGUCACCGGUAUAGCCCAGUGUAAGAUUAUGCACGAGAAAGACUUUCUGACCAUCGCUGCCGAACAGUUCCUCGGCAUGAGUGUCCGGCAAAUUCAUCACGUGCUCAACGAAACGCUCGAGGGUCAUCUACGGUCUAUUCUCGGCACGUUGACAGUGGAAGCCAUAUAUCGAGAUCGGGACCAAUUUGCGGCACUGGUGCGAGAGGUGGCCAAUCCAGACGUGGGCCGAAUGGGUAUUGAAAUCGUGAGUUUUACGAUACAAGACGUGUACGAUUCGGUGGAGUACUUGUCCUCUUUGGGCAAAACCCGAACGGCGGAAGUGAAAAGAGACGCCCAGACGGGGGUGGCGUUGGCCGAGAGGGACGCCGGCAUACGGGAGGCUCACUGUAAUCGGGAGUCAAUGGAAACCAAAUACAGUGCCGACACUAAGAUAGAGGACGCGCACAGACUCUUCUCGCUAGAAAAGGCCAAAUAUGAUGGAGAGGUCAACACAAAGAAAGCUGAGGCACAGUUGGCUUAUGAGCUUCAGUGCGCAAAACUGCAACAAUUGAUACGAAAUGAAGAGAUGGAGAUAGAAGUGGUCGAAAGGAGGAAAGAGAUCGACAUUCAGGAAAAGGAGAUCUUAAGGAAGGAGAAGGAACUCAUGUCUAAAGUGAAACUCCCGGCGGAAGCCGAGGCCUAUCGGGUGGAGAUGAUUGCCGGCGGCGAGCGAACCAAAACCGUGGCCGUCGCUCAGGCCGGCGCUCAACGUAUCAAAUUGAUUGGCGCAGCCCAGGCUUACGGCAUCGAAGCGGUGGGAAAGGCAGAGGCGGAACGGAUGCGGAUGAAAGCGGCGGCAUAUAAACAAUACGAAGACGCGGCUAUUCUGGCCCUCACUCUGGAAGCACUGCCGAAGAUCGCGGCCGAAGUGGCGGCUCCGUUGGCCAAAACUGAUAGCAUUGUCCUCAUUGGCAACGAUAGCGGA